CGCCGCCGAUCUCCGCCGCGCCGCGAUGGACUCCGACGACGAGCUGCGGGGCGCCAGCGACUCGGAGAUCGUCGCCGUCGGGGACUACUACUACAUCAGCAGCGACACGGAGAGCAGCGCCGACGAGGAGGAAUCUGACUGCGGCGGCGACGACUACGAGGUCGCCCAUGAGAUCGCCGACAUGCGCGAGAAGAGAUACGUCAUCUUAACUGAAAAAGAUAUACAUGAACGGCAAGAAGAUGGCAUAAAACGGGUAUCUUCAGUAUUUUCAAUUCCAAGAGAAUCAGCAUGCAUCCUCCUUCGACAAUACAAAUGGAAUAUUAGCAAGUUGAGUGACGAGUGGUUCGCAGAUGAAGAACGUGUCCGUAAAUCUGUUGGCUUGCCUGCAAAUGGGGUUCUUCUUCCUGACAGCCAGACGCUAACUUGUGGAAUAUGUUUUGAAGGAUAUUCCACAAGUGCACUGAGCUCUGCUAGUUGUGUUCACUACUACUGUCAUGAAUGUUGGGAAGGGUACAUUAGUGCUUCAGUAAAUGAUGGCCCAGGAUGUCUGGCUCUGCGGUGCCCUGAGCCAUCUUGUAGUGCCAUGGUUCUUGAAGAGACCAUUAAUAGAUUGGCUAAAGAUGAGGAUAAAGUAAAGUACAAACAAAUAUUAUUACGCUCGUACAUUGAAGAUAGCAAGAAGAUAAAAUGGUGUCCAGCCCCUGAUUGUACCUGUGCAGUGGAGUUUCUUGGUGACGGGAACUAUGAUGUCUCGUGCAUGUGCAGAUUCAGCUUCUGCUGGAAUUGUACAGAGGAAACUCAUCGACCAGUUAGCUGUGAGACUGUCUCAAAAUGGAUAUUAAAGAACAGUGCAGAAUCUGAGAAUGUGAAUUGGAUAAUAGCUAAUUCAAAGCCCUGUCCUAAAUGCAAAAAACCAAUAGAGAAGAAUCAUGGGUGCAUGCAUAUGACGUGCCGUCCUCCUUGCAGUUAUCAGUUUUGCUGGUUGUGUCUAGGUCCAUGGUCAGAACACGGAAGUACCACAGGUGGCAACAAUGCUUGCAAUCGCUAUGAAUCAGCAAAGGAGCAAGGCUUAUUUGAUGAAGCUGAAGCAAAGAGAGAACAGGCUAAAAACUCAAUUAUGAGAUACACGCAUUAUUAUGAGCGCUGGGUGUCCAACCAAAAGUCGAGGCAGAAGGCACAAGCAGAUCUGCAGAAGUUCGAUAUUAAAAAUCUUGCGGAGUUAAGUGAUAUCCUUGGAAUACCAGAGUCCCAACUAAAGUUCAUACCUGAAGCGUGGUCACAGAUUGUAGAUUGCAGACGAGUGCUACAAUGGACAUAUGCUUAUGGGUAUUAUCUCGAAGAUAAAGUCAAGAAUGAAUUUUUUGUGUACCUCCAAGGCGAAGCUGAGUCUGGUUUGGAGCGCCUUCAUAAAUGUGCCGAGAAGGAUAUUCAUGCAGUUUUACCUAAUGCAAACAACCUUUCUCCUACAUUAAAAGACUUCAUCGAAUUUCGCGUUAAACUUGUUGAUCUAACAAGAGUAACCCGCACCUUCUUCGAGAACCUUGUUCGAGCACUGGAAGAAGGGUUGGAGGAUGUGCAUGGUGCGGACCAGUCGACUUCGAAGAAAAGAUCGAGGAAUAACACUGGUGCUAGCUGCAAGAAACCAGCCGCCAAAAGCAAGUCUGGUAGGAAUAAGGUGGCAAGAACAUCCCGCUAGCAUUCAGAUGCGCUGCUCUUGCGCACUUAGUCAACCCAUUUUCGCAGAAGUCUGCGAUGGUUGGGGUUAGCAAAUAGGAAGUUAGAGAUUGAUAGGGGAAUUGCAGAGGCUCCUCACCAGAAUUUGUAUAGUGAGUCCUGAUGCUUGUUAGGUCCAGGGAGUACGCCAUGAAGCGGAGCUUUCAGAGGUGCGCCGGUGUACAGGUAGCAAAGGACAAACAGCUGGGGGGAGUCUUGGCAUUAGCUGUGGUGGUCUACAGUAAUCGAAUAUUUUCUUUUACGUGUCUAAUGCAACAAUACUAUUACAGUACUAUUUAUAGUCGCAAAAAUAGUAGAAGGUUCAUCUGGUUGAUGUCAGCCGGUUU